CGAAGACCAUCUUACAUGUGUUGGAGUGAAUUUAGUAUACCACGAUACCUAUAGUAAAUUAGUUUUGAUACAUUUCCAUAGCCAUAGUGGAUUACAGGAAGCGUAAUUAAACCAACGCGGACGUUUUUUUAUCUGUAAAUCGUUAUUACUUGAGUAAAAUACACGCAAACAGAUUAUUUUAAUUACUUUUAUGGAUAAUUAAAGUUAUUUGUGGUGAUUCAGUGCAAUGCACGCACUGUGUUAUGUUUAGUUAUGUCGAUAAAACGUUUUGCAGUUGGAAUUAUUAUCAUGUAGAUAUAAUAUAAAAUGCAAGUAAUUUACAUUCAAUGGUUAAUGAACUGUUGACGUAAAUAAAUCAUUAAACAUUUUUAAAUAUCAAAAUGUAUUUACUCCUAUCAUAAUUAAACGAAUAUUUGUGAAUAUUUGUCUAUUUACGAUUCUAACCUAUUUGUGCAUCGAACCAUAUCGGUGAAAUGGCGGUCGGCACAACAAAAGUUGUUCAAGUGACGAACAUUGCUCCACAAGCAACAAAAGAUCAAAUGCAAACGCUUUUUGGUUAUUUGGGAAAAAUAGAAGAUAUUAGAUUAUAUCCUACAAUAAGAGAUGUUGCAGUACCAGUUCAAUCACGAAUUUGUUAUAUCAAAUUCCAUGAUCAAGGUAGUGUUGCUGUUGCUCAACACAUGACAAACACUGUUUUCAUUGACCGGGCACUUAUUGUUAUUCCAUAUCAAAAUGGGGAUAUUCCUGAUGAACAAAGAGCUCUAGAGCUUACUAAUAAUGGAACAGUUGUACCAGGUUUAUAUCCAUCAGAACCAAAAUUGCCAGCAAACGUAGUCAAUUCUAUUGAAGGUAUUCCUCCAAAUCAUGUUAUCACGACAUCGGAUCCAAAACUAGAAUCCAAUGGAUUGCCGCCUUAUCCAAAUCUUCCUGGUCAUUUAGAUAGCAGACGUAUUGAAGAAAUUCGACGAACGUUAAUCGUUGCUAAUUUGGAUGAUUCAGUAUCAGUAGAUCAUCUAUUGGAAUUUUUUUCCAAUAAUAAUGUUGAGAUUAAGUAUUUACGUUUAUGUACAAGAGACUCAGAUACUGAUCAUUAUGCUCUAAUUGAACUCACAGAGCAAACACAAGUUGUAACUGCUUUAAUGUUAAACGGAAAAAUGCUUGCUGAUAAACCAAUCAAACUUUAUCAUUCCACUCAAGCAAUAGCCAAACCUGAAGCAAAGAGUAAUGAAGCAGCACAAAAAGAAAUCGAAGAGGCAAUGUCAAGAGUGAAAGAAGCUCACAAUUUAAUAUCUGCAGCAAUUGAUCCAAUGAUUGGAAUGUUGUCAAAAGAUAAACGUAGUCGAAGUGGAUCAAGGAGUAGAAAAUCUAGAUCUCGUUCACGAGGUCGUAGUCGACGAUCAAGAUCUCGAAAACGUUCGCGUUCACGUCAUAGAAGAUCACGCUCUCGUCAUCGACGACGGUCAAGAUCGCGUUCUAAACGAUCUCGCUCUAAAGAACGCCGACGUAAAUCUCCAUCUCGUCGAAGAAGCAGUUCUCGUGCUCGUCAUCGUUCAAGAUCACGAUCAAGAAGGUCUCGGUCUCGACGUUCACGAUCUCGAUCAAAAGAUCGAAAGAAAAGGUCACCUCGACGUCGAAGUCGUUCACGAUCACGAAGCAAACGGUCGAAGUCUAAAUCUAGGCGUUCAAGAUCCAAAUCAAAAUCUAGAUCUUCAAAAUCUAAAUACUCAGAGAAAUCUAGGGAUAAAGACAAAGAAAAAGAUAGACACAGCAAAGAUAAAUCAGAAAGUAAUGGUAAAAAGGAAGAUCGCGACAAAAGCGACAGGGAUAAGAGUGAAAAGAAAUCAAGCAAAGAUAAAAAAUCUGAAAAAGAGUCUAGAGAAAGAUCCGAAAGUAAUACUGAUAAGUCUUCGUCGCGCAGUGAUAGUAAAGAAAAAAUUGAAUCUGAAAAUUAGACGUAUGUCUAUUGAUUAUUGUCAAUAAUAAAAAGAAUCACACAUUGAAACUUUCUACAAAAGUUAAAUUUCAUCAAACCAUAAUUAUGCAACGCUUUUUUAUGACACUUUUACUUUCUCUUGGGAAUUUGUGGUCUUAAUACGUCUUUCUUACCGUCCGGAAACGAUGGCCUGGAGUAUAAAAAUAUUUUUAGUAAAAAUAAUUAUAAAAAUAUCACCACUAAAUUAAACAAAUAAUUCAAAUACCCUGGUCCAUAUUGAUUAACAUAUUCAGGCCGCUCAUUGUCAAUGUUGUGGAAUGUCAUAGACAAAGUUGGCUUUCGGAGAAAAUCUUUUUGAGCACAUUUAAUUGCAGUCCGACGUUUUAAAAGUAUCUGUAACAGUAAUGAGAUAAUUAUUCAUACAUAAUAUUCAUUAUCAAUUAAUUAUAGAAAUAUAAUAGAAUGAUUUAGAUUUUGAGUGUGUGAUAUUGAAGAAAGCAACCAACCACUGCUGCAUCAGAUUCCAAAUUUUCAUCAGAUUUUUUUUUUCCUAAUUCUAUUGUUUCAUAUUUUUUACAUUUAUCUUUUGUAUGAUCUAAUUCGGUUGCACCUAUAAAAAUGAUCAUUUAAAAAA